AUGGACGAGGUCCGCAAAAGCAUGCGGCGCUCCGCCGCGUCUACGGAGCCCGUCCCCGACGCAGAGCAGAUAUCAAAUAUGGCGCACCAGGUCCUCACGGCACUCUUUGCCGAGCGCAGCGCAGACGGCACGUCGCUCGCAGAGCCGUUUGCAAAACUACCAAGCAAGAAACUGUACCCCGCGUACUACAUCGUAAUCAAGCGCCCUCUGUCGUUGACGGAAGUGCGCAACAAGAGCAAGCACCAUGAUUAUACCACGUUCGCAGAUUUUCGGCAGGAUCUGGAAUUGAUAUGCAACAACGCAAAGCGCUUCAACGAGCGGGACAGCGAGAUUUACGCACAAGCGCGCGCAUUGCACAAUGCGAUCAAGGAUACAUGCGCACAUGUCUAUGACGAAUGGCUGCGUACGGAGCUUGGUCCCAGAGAGAGCGGGAAAAAGCGGCGACACGACGCGGUGUCUGCGGAGAGCACUGCGCACCAAGAGCCGCGCCCACACAAAAUUACGCUGCGCACGCGUGCUGCCGACCCAGAGCAGAAGGAGCAAGCUGCGCCCCAGAGCCCCGGCAAGCAGGCGGAGGCGUCUGCGCUGCCCACAGCGCGUCCUGUGCCCGCAUACGUAAGCCCCAUCGUCCCCGCACCGAUCACGGCGUCCUACAUCAGCGAGCCGCGCCGACGUGGCGCCCCCCGUGGAAAACGGCUCAAGGCGAUGCUUCGCUGGGCGGUGACGAGUUUGACGAGCUUGCGCGGUAAAGACGAUAGGGCGUACGCGGAGAUGUUUAUGGAGCUGCCUUCGCGCCAGGACUACCCCGACUACUACCAGUUUAUCCAGCAGCCGCUGAGCUUUGCCGAGAUCGAGCAGAAACUCGACCAGAAAGAGUACAUUAACCCCCAUGCUCUGGUCAGCGACUUGCAGCUCAUGCUGAACAAUGCGCAAUUCUACAAUGAGGAGCACUCGACUGUGUGGGAAGACGCGCAAAAGCUGCGCAUGCAUUUGAGCAGCGUAGUCAUCCCGACCCUCCUUGCCGAGGGAUUCACCCUCGAUCCACACGACCACCGCCAGGCGGCGCUGCCGCCCGGAACGCCAGGCGCGGUGCCUCCCCCGUCCCCAAACGCAGUGCCAUCGCCCACGCCCGCGCCGAGCGCUGUGCGCGCGAGCCCAGAGGUGCCAAAGUUAGCCGCAUCCUUGUAUACGCGCCCCCUCGUGCGUGUUGCCCAGCCGACAUACGCACCGCCCAUUCCUACGCCCGUGUUGCCUCCGCCGCCGCGCACGACGGUGCAGCAAGUCGUCGACCUGCUGGAGAAACGCGAAUGGCCGCCGCACCCUGCGACAUUCACAGCGCCGCGCGAUGCCAUGGCGAUGCGCGACGAUGCAGAGCCUGCAUCGUCGCCGUUCGAACAUGUGCAUAUGCGCUUGUCGAACGACUGCGAAGUGGGAAUCGCGCUGGGGCCAUGCGCAAUGCCGCAGACGGUGCGACUCCCUGCAAGCACGACGCAUGCGGCAGUGCAGCUCGUCACGAUGGAGCCGCGGCCGUAUGUGCAAGUAUCCAUGAAUAAACAGCGUGUGGAAGGUGCAUGGCUCGAUGAUUCACCGACGUAUGCACUGCAUCUAGCACUGCAUGAAGGGGUGCAAACGCUCGAGGCGCAGUGGACAGACGAUGCACAAAGCACGGGCACGCUGCGUAUAUACCUGCAAACGUAG